CCCGUUUCGGAAAUGUGGGCAGAAAUUGGGAAAUUAGUAUUUUUGCAUUUUUUAGUGUCGGAAUUAUACUCGGCAAAAGGCGCUGACACGGAGUGCGAGGAUGGACAGUUUCAGUGCAACAAUAAGAGAUGUAUUCCCACCAUAUGGAGAUGCGAUGAUGAUGAUGACUGCUCCGACAACAGCGAUGAGGAGAACUGCCUGAAGAACACAUGCGCUCCCUCAGAGUUUGCGUGUGCGAACGGUCAGUGUGUUCCUGGGCGUUGGCGAUGUGACGGAGAACCCGAGUGUCCGGACGGAUCGGAUGAGGCGGAUGCCACCUGCACAGUCAAACAGACGUGUCCACCAGAGAAAUUUGACUGCGGAGGGAAGUGUGUGUCACUGUCCUGGCGGUGUGACGGAGAAAGAGACUGUGAAAACGGUGAAGAUGAAGCGGACUGUGCAGCAGAUGCCAGGUCCUGCUCAGCGGGGGAGUUCCAGUGUCGUAACCAUAAAUGUUUAGCACCGGUCUAUGUGUGUGAUGGCGAUGAUGACUGUGGAGACAGCAGCGAUGAGGAAAAGUGCUCUCCGCCCACCUGUGGGCCGCACGAGUUUCGCUGUAACAGCUCCGAGUGUGUGCCACAGCCCUGGACCUGCGACGGUGACCCUGACUGCGCUGACGGCUCUGAUGAGUGGGCGGGGCGAUGUGGGGGCGGGUCUGGACGCCCAGCUCCGCCCCCUACCCGGAGACUGCAGUGCGGUGCUGGAGAAUUUCGUUGCAGCAGUGGGGAGUGUGUGAAACUUUCCUGGAGGUGCGACAGGGACCCUGACUGCAAGGACAAGUCAGAUGAGGCAGACUGCCCUCUGCUCACAUGCCGGCCUGAUGAGUUCCAGUGUGGAGACGGAUCCUGCAUCCAUGGCAUCAAACAGUGCAACAAAAUACAUGACUGCCUCGACAAAAGCGACGAGGCUGGCUGUGUCAAUGCCACAAAGUGUGAAGGACCUCUGAAGUUCCUCUGCAGGAAUGGGGAAUGCAUAGACGGGAGCAAGGUGUGUGACAACGUGAAGGACUGCAAGGAUCGGUCAGACGAACCCAAGAAGGAGUGCAGUAAGAAAACUAUUUUACAAGGAAGCGACAACGGAAAAAGCCCUUACCUGAUGUUCACAAACAGGCACGAGAUCAGACGCAUUGACCUGGUGAAGAGGGACUACACACAGGUGGUUCCUACUCAGAAGAACGCAGUGGCCAUUGAUAUCGACGUUGUUGCCAACCGCAUGUACUGGUGUGACCGUUUCCAGCACAAAAUAUACAGUGCUUACAUCCACGAGGCGAGCGACCCGUCUCGACACGUUACUCUGAUCGACUCCGAUCUGCAUUCCCCUGAGGGUCUGGCACUGGACUGGGUCCAACACAACCUCUACUGGACCGACUCAGGUGACAGAACCAUCUCCGUGGCUUCAGUGGAUGGCAGCAGGAGACGCGUGCUGAUCAGCACCGAUCUGAGCGAACCACGGGCCAUCGCUGUGGAUCCAGAGAGAGGGUUCAUGUAUUGGUCUGACUGGGGCAUCAGGGCCAGGAUUGAGAAGGCUGGCAUGAACGGUGUAGAUCGACAGGUGUUGGUGUCUGAGGACAUUGAGUGGCCCAAUGGAAUCACACUCGAUGUGGUUGGUAAGCGCUUGUACUGGGUGGACUCAAAACUGCACCUGAUCUGCAGCGUGGAUUUAAACGGGGCCCAUCGCAGAGUCAUCCUGUCCUCCAGAGGGAGACUCGGCCAUCCGUAUGCCCUCGCUGUGUUUGAGGAUCGCGUGUACUGGACAGACCGUGAGAAGGAGGCCGUCUACAGCGCAAACAGACUCACAGGACAAGAUGUGACCAGUCUUGCCGAGCACCUCAAUGACCCUCAUGAUAUAGUGGUUUUUCACGAGCUGAGCCAGCCUAAUGAGAACACAUCUCCACUGAUGGAUGAGGAGCUCAGCCCUGACACACGCCAAUGUGUACUCGUGCAAAAUGAGACUGGCGUCACACCUACUGCCCCCAUCAACUUCACCAUGGAGACAGGGGCUGGCCGGGCACCAGAGUCCCCUGCAGCAAUGACAUCUCAGUCCGACAGUAUGGCUGAAACCACUCUCUCAUCACUCCUCACCUCCAGUCUAGAGGAACCGGCCGUCUCCUCUAAUACUACAGCAGAGCACAGUCCUACACAAGCGUCCAGCACCACACCAGACAGCCUGAGCAACCUGUCUCAUCACUCUGGCAAUGAGUUGUUUCUCCUUGGCCGUAAUCUGACAGUGGCAGUGCUUGGAGUUGUAAUUCCCAUAGUUCCUAUUGUUGCCACAGUGGUCUUUGGAGUGGUGUGUGCCGGCGUUUACCUCGUUUACCGCAACUGGAGGAGGAACAGCACCAAAAGCAUGAACUUCGACAACCCCGUCUACCGCAAAACCACAGGAGAGACGGAGGAGGAUGAGAUUCACAUCGGACGGACUGACAGGCUCGCUGGCCAUCACCACCCUUACCCUGGGCCCGUGGUCAGCAUGACACCAGUCGGCACAGGGACGUGCCCGCCAUUCAUCGCUCUGCCUCUGGGGACCGGUUUACCAGACCCUGCCACACACUGGUACACAGAGCAGCCCACCAUCUCUAGUACUAAGUGAAAGGGAGGACGACUCUGGAAAUACUGUGACCGCAGGGAGCAGGACUGACACGUGGCUGCCAAGCUAUGCAGGAACUGAAUGGCAUUUAGUGAGCUGAAUCAUUCUUAACAUGCCCAGGUUUAGAAGUCUGCUGGAGUGCAAACGCUGGAUUGAUUACUAAACAAAAGGUUUAGACAUUUCAGACCCAUAUUCAUUUGAUCCAUUUUAAGCAUAAUUUUAUUGCUGGUUGGAACCACCAGGGCAAGCCUUUUCAGACCUGCAUUAUUUAUAUUUAUCUUAUAAUCACAGACAAAUC